AGAAAGCGAAAGUGAAGUUCCCAGACUUUCAGAGAACACCCCGCAGGCCAGGCCGGGGAGCAGGACGCCCGGUGCAGCUGCCUGUGGUUUAGGAUGUACGCGGUGUGCUACAUGAACAGUGUAAGAAGGAAAGUGAAAGCGCAAGUCUCAACUUGGAUAUAAAAGAUGCUUCCUCCGCAAGCAGCAGAGCACCAGACCCUGCCUUGACGUCCAGAUGGCUUCGUCAUGCCAAGAGCCCAAGCCUGGAGACCUGAUCGAGAUUUUUCGCAUUGGCUAUCAGCACUGGGCCAUCUAUGUGGGUGACGGUUACGUGGUCCACCUGGCUCCUCCAAGUGAGAACCCCGGGGCUGGCAGCUCCAAAGUCCUGAGCAGCAGGGCGGUGGUGAAACUGGAGCCCCUGGAGGACGUGGUGGCGGACUGUCGCUACCAGGUCAACAACCACUAUGACCACACGUACACACCACUGCCUGUGCAGGACAUCAUCAAAUCUGCGAGGGAUAUGGUGGGCAAGGAAAUGGAGUAUAGUAUUGUGAGAAAGAACUGUGAGCACUUUGUCACCAAUUUGAGAUACGGCAAGCCCCGUUGCAGGCAGGUGGAAAGAGCCAGGCGUAACUUGGUGGGAGGAGGCAGUGCCGUCACGCUGGGAGCGCUGGUUCUGGCUGGGUACACCAUGUUGAAUAGGAGACGCCAAAACCAGUGACAGCCUGAAGCAGCCACAGAAUCCUUGUUAGAAGCAGCUGUGGAGGUCCCCAGGAGAGGAGCGCGACGUCACUCUCUGUGUCAUACUCUGUCUAGUUCCUUUCCUCUCUCACUGUCCUCCUCUCACGGGCUAAAGGAUGGUCUCACUGUCACAAGACUCAAGAAUCAAUAAAUGCACCUAUCUGUCCCUUCA